AUGCUUGUAUCAAAUCGACUCGUUUUGUUGGCACUCUUUUGUCACUAUGCUAGCGCAGAAUUAGUAGGAGGUUUAGGAGAAGUAAAAGACAGUCAAAGAGCCCCCUCGCCUGUGUAUGCUCCCGAUAUCAGCCAAUGUCCCAAGCUACAGCCGCGCAAAGAACGACCCACUAGUAUCCAUGAUUUGCGUCCGGAUGAUAUUAAGGCUAUUGCUGCUAUAGGUGACAGUGUUAUCGCCGGCGUCGCCGCAAAAAAUGACGAAACCGAAUGCCUUACUGGAGAGUCAUUCAAACAAUACCGUGGUGUCAGUUAUUCUAUCGGCGGUAUACGUUCUUUUGUUUACAUUCGAGUCAUGAGUGACGAAUCCAUGGACAAGUUCAAUGCUGCUCUUUUGGCUGGAGGCUCUAUUUCGUUUAAAGACCAAAUUGAAUAUCUGGUCCCCAAGAUUGGAAAAGAUUCGCCUCUAGCCAGGGCAUGGAAAGUGCUCACCAUCUCGCUAGGGCAAAAUGAUUUGGUGGUAUCCUGCCACCCAACGUUUACCAUUGCAGAUUAUACAGCUCGCAUGAUAGAAGGUCUCCGAUUACUGCAAGAUAAGGUCGAUUAUGUUCUUAUUAACCUUGCUGAACUUGCAAAACAGUUUGGCCCACAAGGUCCCAAUGCCACUUUUGGUGUAAUUUAUCAGUCUGCCGACGUUAAUGUGAAAAGUGUAGACUAUAGAAUGAUAAGUAACCUGGAUGGUUAUCAUCCUAAUUUAGAAGGGCAUAAAUUCUUCGCCAAGGUGCUAUGGGAUCAAAUGUUUUUGACGAAAAGCGAGAAAUUGGACAAUUUGCAAUAUGACCCAAAGUUCCCGGUUCGCUGUCCUAGUGAAGAUGAUCGGUUUGCGACUCAAUGAUUCCAUCCAUAGCCGUACUAUUUCUUAAAUAACCUCUUACAUCAAUAAAUACCUCAGCCAUGCCCUAACGCGUCUUCAUGUGUCACAAAAAGAGGAAUCGGUGUUUAUUUGUUGUUGCACCUCUUGCACUGCUCUUCCUUUCCUCAAAAUAGAAUGACACUGCUACCCGUGCAUUGCGCGUUACUAGCAUGCACAGCAGCUCUUGUUAAUCUUCAUGUCCCUGAUCCUUACAUGGUUUGUUUUCUUUCUCCCCUUUUUUAUUCAGAAAAUAAAAACAUCAUCAUUCCAUUUGUUCCAGGUAAUUAACAUCACAAUGUGCUAUUGAUAAUCUGGGUGUUUCCAAAUAGGACGAAAUAUUUCACAUUCCUCAGGCACAACGCUAUUGCUCAAACGAGUUCGCCACGUGGGAUCCAAAACUGACAACACCACCUGGCUUGCAUGUAUUUAUUUCUUCGUCU